CCUCCAAAUGACAGGUCGGUCUUUUUCUGCACUGGGUCAGGAGCAUCACUGGUGUGUGAAGAUGGGUAUCUAUGAAGAAAGAGGAGAACUGAUUAAACCGAAGAGGAAGCUGUUCAGCCAGAGAACCCCACAAGCGGCUUCCAAAAGUGACCCUCAGGCACAGCUGCUUUAUGCUAUUGGAGGGCUGAGCCAUGGCAGCAACGUCAGUGGUGUGGAGUGUUACAAUCCCCUGGACCACGAAUGGAAAGUGCUUGGAUCUGUCUCAAGGCAUCGGAGUGGCGGUGGAGUGGUUUCCCUCAAUGGCUCCAUCUACGUGGUGGGCGGCCAUGACGGCGUGGUAUGCUUUAGCAGUGUUGCAAGGUACGAGCCUGAAACCAACUUGUGGAAGCGGGACGUGGCCCCAAUCAGCGAAGCCAAGAGGGAUGUGGCUGUUGCUGAGCUGGGAGGCUACCUGUAUUGUGUGGGCGGCUAUGAUGGGCUGUUGUGCCUUAGCACUGUGGAGAGGUAUGACCCUUUGCUAAAUAGGUGGUGCAGAGUGGCACCCAUGAAUCGCCGCCGGAGGGGCCUCGGCCUGGCUGUGCUUGAUGGUUACCUGUAUGCUGUUGGGGGGUCCGAUGGCUGUUCCCCAUUAUAUUCAGUGGAGCGUUACAAUCCGACGGAAGAUAGGUGGACCCCUUGCUCUCCCCUGCGGACCUGUAGAGAGUACCUCGGGUGCACCACCUUCCAAGCGAAGAUCUAUGCUGUCGGCGGGCGGGAUGACCUCACAGAACUGCGCAGUGUGGAGCGGUUUGAUCCUGUUGCCAAUGAAUGGUCUGCUGUAGUGCCCAUGAAGUCCAAGAGGAGCAAGGUCAGCCUUGCUGCUGCAAAUGGCUAUCUCCUAGCCAUUGGGGGCUAUGAUGGUACCGUCCACGUGACCACAGUAGAGGCAUUUGACCUGGAGAUGAACACGUGGAGGCGCUUUGGCAACACGCAAACUUGCCACCCCGGUGGAGGCGUCACUGCCAUCAACAUGGCUCCCUGCGAUCGGGAAACUUCCCAAGUGGUCCGGAGCAGAUAGAAAGCCAAUUCUGUUUUCUGGUUUGGUGGGACGACUAGUUAGGCCUGAACAAUGAAAGAAGGAGGGGAGAGGGAUUGGUGGCAGGCAAGGACUAUGGCCAGAAA